UUGCAUCAAUUCAAUUCAAUUGGUUGAAUCUUUUAUUCUUUUGUUUGUUUGUUUGUUUUUUUUCUUCCAAAGAAAAAUUCUUAUCAAUUCAAUUUGAUUUUAUUGCUAUUGCGUCAAUUAUGCGUUUAAUAAUAAAAAAUCUAUCAUCAUUUUUCAUUUUGAUUAUCGUUUUGAUGAUCAUAAUGAUUACCAAUGCAACAUUAAUGGUCGACAAACCUGAAUGUAAUGAAAAACGUAUGAUGAAAGUUGAUCAAGAUUCAAUUGCAUUAAAUAUGUUUGGUUCGGAUCGUCGAUAUCCGGUCAAACGUGAAGAAGUGAAAAAAUUUUGCGAUGAUACUGGACGUCAUUUAGAUAGUUUGGAUAAAUUUACUAAACAAUGUUAUACAUCCGAUGUACAAAAUAUGGCAAAAAUAUUUGUCUAUAGUAAUAAACGUACAAUGAAAAUGUAUUGUGGUAAUAGUGGUGGAAGACGUAAACUUAAACGUUUACAAAAAUUAUUAACAAUUGCACCUUGUUUAAAUACCUAUUUACAUCAGGAUAAAUGUUUAACACAAUUUUUAUCCAAAAUACGUAAUCUUAUACAAUAUAAAAUGAAUGGUGAAAAAAUCUAUUAUACUUGUUGUUAUUUUGUCGAUCUAAUGAAAUGUUUUGAUCAUCAUUUAUCUAAAUUAUCAUGUGCAACUGCAGAACGACUUGAAGAAUUUAAUAAUCUUGUACAAUCAUUAAAUGGUGAUAUGAUUAAUGUAUCAUGCGGUGAAUAUACGGAACAAACUGAUCGUUGUGAUCAUCUUAAACCAUUGAAUCAAUUUAAAACCGAUCCAAAUACAACACAACGAUUAUUAGAUCCAAAAUUACGUUCAUUUUUUUUCACAAGUAUCGCUAUGUUUGAAUCGAUUGGCAAUGGCAAUAGUACAAAUAAUUUUUAAUAGUAAAAGUCACUUUUUUCCCUCAUCAAGUAAUUUGUAAAUA